CAGCGAGCGGAUCUCAUCAGAUUCCCUCCCGGCUGAUCAUAUGUGUGUGGAGCUGCAGACUGAAGCAUCAGGAGAGUUUGAGAGUAUCGGGUUUUCUGCGUUCGCUGUCUGUCUGGAUAACGGCACAUAGGAUGUGGAAUGGACUGUGACCGCAGACUCCUCCAGCAGUAGAGACGCACGCUGCCGAGGGUCGAUUUUGGGAAAGUCGUCUAUCUCCAAGACAUUUUUCUGGCUGGAUUGUCUUUCCUGAGAUAUCGCACAUACGCCAGACUGUGUCAGUCUAAGGAGACUCCACAACCAUAUUUGUUUAUUUGGCUUCCCUUCUCUCUCUGCCAUCCAUCUGCAUACGUUCCUCCCCAUCACAUCCAUCAUCCCCUCCCGUGACACCAUGUGGAGAUUUCAGACUUUGCUUUCUAUGCUCACUGUGUUCCAAGCCUCCAGCCACAGCCCCAAUCCAUUCAGCGGGCCUCAAGUGACUCCGACAGACCCCUGUUAUGAGGAGACGGGUGCUGCCCGCCGGUGCAUCCCAGAGUUCAUAAACGCAGCAUUUGGGCAGGAGGUCAGUGUGUCGAGUGUUUGUGGGCGACCAGUGUCUAGAUCAUGUAGUUUAGUGGAGCGUGAUGACCGUCCCGCCGUUCGCACAUGCCAAAUCUGCGAUGCAUCUGAUCCCCGCAAUGCCCAUCCCGCCAGCUACCUCACCGACCUCAACUCUGCCCAUAACCUCACCUGCUGGCAGUCGGAGAACCUGCAGAGCUCGCCGCUCAACGUAACGCUCACAUUAUCCCUCGGUAAGAAGUUCGAGAUCACUUAUGUCAGCCUUCAGUUUUGUUCGCCACGUCCUGAAUCGUUGGCCAUAUAUAAAAGCAUGGACUACGGACGCACUUGGACUCCUUACCAAUUUUACUCAUCGCAGUGCCGUCGCAUGUAUAACCGACCCAACAAAGCUGCAAUCACUAAACAGAACGAGCAGGAGGCUUUAUGCACAGACGGACACACUGAUCUCUACCCGCUUUCUGGAGGUCUCAUUGCGUUUAGUACAUUGGACGGGCGCCCAUCGGGGAAGGACUUUGACUCGAGUCCUGUGCUUCAGGAUUGGGUGACGGUCACUGAUAUUCGGGUGGUGUUCAGUCGUCCGCAGCACACUAGAGCGCUGCCAAUGUCAGGACGUGAAAGUGAAGACGCUCUCGGUGCGCCUGGAAGCUUGCCGACGUACUAUUAUGCGGUUGGUGACUUCCAAGUGGGCGGGAGGUGUAAAUGCAAUGGCCACGCCUCUAGGUGUGUCCGGGAGAAGGACGGGAAGCUGCUGUGUGAGUGCAAACACAACACUGAGGGUCCGGAGUGUGAUCGAUGUAAACCGUUUCAUUAUGACCGGCCCUGGCAGCGGGCGACAGGGAAAGAGGCCAACGAGUGCUUACCGUGUAACUGUAACCUUCAUGCGCGGCGCUGUCGCUUUAACAUGGAGUUGUACAAGCUGUCAGGCCGAAAGAGUGGAGGAGUGUGUAUGAACUGCAGACACAACACUGCUGGACGCCACUGCCAUUACUGCAAAGAGGGAUUCUAUAGGGACAUGGGCAAAGCCAUCACACACCGACGGGCAUGCAAAGCAUGUGACUGCCAUCCGGUGGGAGCUGCAGGUAAGACGUGUAACCAGACGACGGGUCAGUGCCCGUGUAAAGACGGAGUGACCGGCAUCACCUGUAACCGCUGUGCUAAAGGCUAUCAGCAGAGUCGAUCGCCCGUCGCCCCGUGCAUCAAAAUCCCGGUUAUCAAGCCAACGGCUGUGAUCAGCACUACAGAGGAGCCUGCAGAUUGUGACUCUUACUGUAAACCACUGAAGGGAAAUCUCAAGAUAAACAUGAAGAAAUACUGCAAAAAGGACUAUGCGGUUCAGGUCAGUGUUUUAGACAUGGAGACCGUCGGUGACUGGGCCAAAUUUUCGGUGAGCCUGAUGUCUGUGUACAAGAGUCGCGGAGACCCACUGAAAAGAGGCGAUCACAUGCUGUGGGUUCACAUGAAGGAUCUGGCCUGUAAAUGUCCUCGGAUACACAUGGGCAAACGCUUCCUCAUCCUGGGCAGCACUGAGGGCACGGCAAACCCUGAACGCCCGGGACUGCAGGCCGACAAAAACAGCCUGGUCAUCCAGUGGAGGGACAUUUGGACGCGACGACUGCGCAAGUUCCAGCGCAAAGAGAAGAAAGGCAAGUGCAGCAAAGCAUGAUGGGAUUGAUGGGAACUCAACUUUAUUAUUGACCACUGUCCUGCAAGUGCAGGAGACUUGAAACUAUUGUCGUCUGUGCGUUUUUGGUGCGUAUCGUCCUGAUGGUCAGCCUUCUAAAGGGACCGUAAAAAAGACUGCUUCCAAUCACACACCACUGAAUCUCACAAACACACA